UACAAAUCAGAUUUGUUAUCCAAAUCGAAAAUGUCACAGUUUCUCUAAUUUCACCGAAGCUCCUUCUUCAAUGGCGAUUUCUCUCCCCACCGCCUUUGCCUCUCCUCGUUUCUCACCGGAAUCUUCUAACUCCGCUUCACCUUCAUCGACGCUAUCUUCUCUCUCAUUUCUGCGCUUACCUGCUCAGAUUCGCCGGUUCAAGAGUGUUCAAUCACCGUCUUCGUCGUCGUCGACUCGCUUCCCUUCACUCGCUCUGAGCUCUCCAUUCACUCGAAUCGAUGAAUCUAUCUUUCUAUUUCCUUGUAGAACUGUCCUGUGAUUUUCGGAACGAAUUCAAUUUUGUUCUUCAUGUUUUGGUUUCUGAAGAUUUAACCAUGAACCAGCAGUAGCUUCAUGGUGUUUGUGUGUGUUUUCAUAUUAUUCAUUGUUUAUAUCUAAUGAUAGAAUCAGUAAUGUUUAGUUUACAUAAUGUAACACUGAGAUUGAUUCCAAUUGAAACAAAGAAGGAGAGUGUAAUACUUUAAUUUAAUGUUGUAUUAGUCAGAAUAUACAACAUUAGAGACUUGGUUCCAACACAUUCUGAAUGAAUAGCUUCAUGGUGUUAGUUAGAUGUUCUGUGUAAUCUUAAGGAAGAAUCAGUAUUUGUAAUUAGACAAUGAGCAUUGUGAAAGUGUUUGUCAUUAUAUCUGUUAGUGGAUUGUUCUGAUGUAAAUGUUGUUUACUUCUAAUUCUAGUACAAGUAUGGCUAAACUUGUUCAUCUGUUUUUUUUCUUUUGUUUUUCUGUAAGAGUGUUCAUAUUGACCAACUUUGUGGCGCGAUGGUUUGAUGCAGGUUAGAGCAAAGAAGCAAACUUUCAACUCUUUCGAUGAUUUGUUGCAGAACGCUGACAAACCUUUACUAGUAGACUUCUAUGCCACAUGGUGUGGUCCAUGUCAGCUUAUGGUACCUAUACUUAAUGAAGUGAGUGAAACUCUGAAAGAUAAGAUUGCAGUUGUCAAAAUUGAUACUGAGAAGUACCCAAGUCUUGCUAACAAAUACCAGAUUGAGGCUUUACCCACAUUCAUCUUAUUCAAAGAUGGAAAACUCUGGGACCGUUUCGAGGGUGCGUUGCCAGCGAACCAACUCGUUCAACGUAUUGAGAAUUCUUUGCAAGUGAAGCAAUAGAUAUGAGAAACCAAGAAACCUUUAUUCAUCUAUGAACACUCUCCCUUGUGACAGUAGCCCUUGUCAAUUGUUGCUAGGUACAUAGUCAAUCUAUUCAUAUAUGGUAUCAGAAAUUUUUCUUAA